AUCUGGAGAGCGUUUCCUGUGUUUUACCAUGAAUACAUUUUUCAGGACUGCCUGCUUGCAUCGUAGGCCGGUGGAGAGGUAGAAUCAAAGAUCGCUGCUUUCUGAUAACCGCAAAUAUACGACAUCACUGAUGUUCCUCUACCAACUGUUGCCCUUCCUUUGGGCUGUGUCUGCAAAUGCAGAUUUCUUUCAAUUUGACACUAUUUCAAAUGCAUCUACGUAUUAUUUCAAUUAUAUUUAUUGUAAUAUAUGGGAAGGGGAGUGUCAACCUAAUCAAGAUGAUACGACUCAGCAAGUACCUACGAGGGACCUGUGGGCAGGAUUUCCUCAGGACUACAUCAGUUUGCUGUCACAGUGGUAUUGCAGCCUGGGACAGUGCUGUGAAUCAGGGGAUUGUCGGAUAACAAAUAAUAUUACAGGUUUGGCUAGUGAUCUACAGCUAAAGCUUCACGGGCAGCACCUUGCCCAAUCAGUGGUUUUGAAGGCUGUGCAGGGCUUCGUCAGUAACCCUGAAUCCAAUAAGCCAUUGACCCUCUCCUUUCAUGGCUGGUCUGGCACCGGCAAGAACUUUGUGGCCCGGAUUGUAGCUGACAACAUGUACCGGGAUGGAGUGAAGAGCGAGUGUGUGCGUCUUUUCAUUGCCCCAUUCCACUUCCCCCAUGCCAGACUGGUGGACACGUACAAGGGCCAGCUCAGAGAAGCUAUCCGGGACAUGGUGCUUCGUUGCCCACAGACACUUUUCAUCUUUGAUGAGGCUGAGAAACUGCAUCCGGGCCUUAUAGAUGCCAUCAAGCCCUAUAUGGACCAUUAUGACAAUGUGGAUGGGGUCAGCUACAGGAGAGCUGUCUUCUUAUUCCUCAGUAAUAUUGGUGGGACAACCAUCAACGAUGUGGCCUUGGACUUUUGGCACUCAGGGCAGAACAGAGAGGACAUUGGGAUGGAGGACUUGGAACACCGGCUUCGUGCUGAAGCUAUGGAAUCUCAAGGAGGCUUUGCACAGAGUGAGCUGAUGUCAGGCCAUCUUAUUGACUUCUUUGUGCCCUUCCUACCUCUGGAGUACCGUCAUGUCAAGCUCUGUGCCCGUGAUGCCUAUGCAGCGCGGGGUCUGGAGCCAGACGAGGGAACGCUGGACGAAGUGGCAAAGGCCAUGCUAUAUGUACCCAAGGAGGAGAGGCUGUUCUCUGCCCAAGGCUGCAAAUCCAUACCACAGAGGAUCAAUUUCUUCCUCCCCUAAACAGACUAAUGCAACCCAGGAAACACA